AUUUUUGAGCUAUUUACUGCAUAUCGUGACUGAAAUCAUGGAUUUAAUUAGACCAACAAAAGAAACUUUAUUAAGUGAAAUAAUUACGAGAAAUCAGGAAGCAAUAUAUGAUUCAACUAAAAAACGGCCACUUGGUUGUUCAUCCAUACAAGAUUUAUCACCUCAUUUGGAUAAAUAUAAAACAACAUUUGGAAUGAUAUAUGAAAAAGGGGAAAGAGCCGGAGAUUUAAUAAACCCACGAAGAAAACGUAUUGAUAUUACAAAUGAAGAAUUAGAGAAUCAUCAACAUUAUCUCAUUUCGCAUAAACAUUUAUCCCCUGGUGAGCAGGCGCAUAGAAAUUAUAAAAAUUUUAAUGAUAAACAAGUAUUUGGUAUGCAUACAAAUUGUGACCCACGUGGAAUACACGUAGGUCGAGCUAUGAAUUGGACGUUUAGUGAUUCUAACAAUCAGAACAUAGCCAUUAUGAACAAAACACAAAGUGAUCACAAAAUGAAGCAUGGUGAUAUUUUGGGUAAAGUUAGAGAUCCAAUACGUGAUACAAUGAAAAUUCCUGAUGAUCAUAUAUUUGGGUUAAUUAAUAAAACUAAUGAUAUUACAGUUGGCCAGCUACUACAUGGUUUAUUACCAAGAAAUAUAUCUGGAUUAUAUACUGACGACAGUAGCAUUGAUAAACAAAGUGAAUUCAACAAGAAAAAAUACACAGAGUACAGUGAUAGGUUCAAAUUAAUAAUGUCGGUUAUUCAUCAUGCUCUUAGAAAAGCACAUUACACACAUGGACCAGAAAUUAUCGCCACUCUUUGUCAACUAGCUAAUAAGUCGAAUCUUAUUCCAAUGAUUGAUGCACGUCAAAUUUUUAAUCAUUUUCAAGUACCAUUAGAUGAAGAGUUAACAGAACAUUUAUUUGAUUUAAUCACAGUACCAGCGUCAAAUGAAAUGAUUGAACAUGUUAAAGAAUGUAUAAAGCAUAAUAAAGCGAACAAUAUAAGUAAUGAGAAACAUUAUCAUAUUGAGAAUGAUAUGAUUAAUUGGGCAAUUGAUUGGUGUAAAUUAAGUGAAUUAUUGAAUUGGAAUAAUGAUAAAUCUAUGCGAAAUUGCUGUUCUGGUUUUACUACUAUUACUAGAAAUAAUAAUAGUAGUAUUGUUAAACCAGAAUGUUAUGAGGAUACUGAAAAUGUCCGCAGUCGUCUUCAACGUGCUAUUCAAGCAAAUAUUCAUCAUUGGACAACAACAAAUUCCAUAUACACUGGUAAUCUUAAUGGAUUAAUUAAUACAGAUAAUUGGGAAAUCCUUGGUGAAAAAAGCCUUCAACUUGAUAAAUUAGUACCUAAGUUUCGUAGAACUACUGAUCACGCACAUUACGGUGAUGAAGCUGGUGUUGGAUCAAUUAUAAGUCCAAGUAUAUUCACAGACUAUGGAUUAACUAACAGAGAUCUACUAACUCUACGUAAUAAACAAGAUGUUAGUUUGUUUUCUUCAACAGUUUGAUCAUAUUUAAAUUUUCGAUAGCAUUGGCAGUAAUGUAACUAAUUAAUCAGUUACAGGGUCUUGUACUAGAAUUUAACCUCAUAGUAUUUCGUUUGAAGGCAAAUAAUGUCAACGUUUGAUUGCUCGAAUUGACUUGAAUGACACACUCAGUAGACUCACAAUCACUUGAGUUUAUCCCAAAGAGAACAAGAUUUAUUUUUUACGUUAUUUAUUUAUGAAUUGUAAAAAAUUAGAUUAGAGAAACAGACUGAUGGGCUGUGAUUUCAAUUAAUAUUAAGUGAUUGAAGACAGGAACCCUAUAGAUUUUUUAUUAUUUAUGACUUACUGGAGUGAUAUACCUAAAGUCUUGAAGGGAUUGGUUGAAUGCACAUCGGUCAGUGACCAAGAAAAAAAUUUUCUUGAUUUUAUUUUCAUAAGUGAUUUUAUAAUUAUUUAGUAAAUUUCAUAUCAGAUUUGGUUUUAUUGAUAAAUUGCCUGGUUAAUUAACAUAUCACAAGAUGGUCUAUCGAAAACUAAGUGAGUAUGGAAAUGUUGGCUCCCCAAUGUCCUGGUACGGAUGAGGGUGGGGAGAGUUAACUCUUCCUCUCGAAAUGCUCUCACAUGGUCACACAUAUACAAAUGUUUCCAGGGAAGUCGUACUCACUACCUUCGUGUGGCGGGGGUGUUGCUUACGAAGUUGAGCGGACGAAAAGCGAAUGUCCAGCGCUUUAACCGGGUUAGUGGAUGUGAAGGGUCCACCAAAGGGAGUUGGAAAACAUUGAUUUCAAACCAAUGGUGUACAUAGGCUCGAGGAUCCUGAGGGAACAAAUGUUUUAUGAAGUUAUUGUUGGCCACCGACUACCGUGGGACUGCAUCUCUAAACGUUGCUCCACUGUUUUGUGGAUCAGACCUUUAGGCCGAAGGCUCUGGGUGUGGCCCCCCAAGAAAACCACCUGCUUCGAUCUAUGCACCCGGGCAGUAUCACAGUCUAUACACAAAUCAAGUGACUUGUGUGGCGCAAGUGUAUUCAGUGCCGCUUUGUACCAAUAUUUAUGUGUUCAAAUAAAUAAAAUACAAGCAUUACUUUCGUAAAUAAAUGUUAAAUUUACAGGGAAUAAUGUAAUCUAAGUAAAACUACAUACAACUUCACUGAAAAGUUUUGUCUACCACCCGGAAUAAUUUGAUAUUCAUGAGUUUAUAAAAAUGUCAGUGACAAGUGUGAAUGAACUGAUUAUUUGAUUUUCCUUAUUGGGUUUUAUAUAAUCAUUUCCAGUAGGUAAAAAUAAAACUCAAUAAUGUUCAUUUACUCAAGUAAGAUUAGAUUAAAUACAUUUUGAUAUUGAUAAGUCUUGCUAAUUGAACGUUAUUCUCGUAACUAUCAAGCUAGAACUACACAGCGACCUGAACACUAGAGAAAAGGCGCAAAAUAUGCGAGAAGUACUUUACUCCAAAGGUUCGUUUUUGUGCAGAAAAUAUGGGGUUUUUAUAGUAUUUUAGAUGUCCUUGGGUUUCCCGAAAAUUCUGGGACGCUACUAAACAUAGUAGCAAUAUAGUAAUCAGCCAUUCAGAAACUCUACAUGUGACUCUUCACUUUCUUGAUGUUUCUGGCUAAACUUCAACUGAACGCUGAUUGGAUAAAAUGCUUCUUAGUGUUUCUUGAGCCUUUCUUGUCUUUUGCAGGAAGUUUUCUGGAUCACACCAACAGAUAUAUAUACUAGAGUUUUAACUAGUUCUGAGCGAAACAAGUCAGGAUAUAGUGGUGCACAACACACAUUAUACCAUGCAAGAUAAUAAUUUUAAAUUGAUUUUUAGUAAUGUCUUAAGUCAUUUGCUUUUUUAGUCUAUACCAGUGAUAUGGGUAUGGGUAAGCCACUUCUAUAUAAAGAUGAGCUUAAAGUAGUGUAUUCAUUUUCCCUUCAUCAUUUGGAGAAUAUACAGUGUUGCGCCAAUAUGGAGCUCAGGAAGAUAGCCUAGUGGUGCUCAAAAUGGCAGUCGGAUGGAUGUGCUUCGGUCAUACAUCGCUCAAAUUAGGUCUUACUAUAAAUGGUCAGAUAUUAUUUAAGUUACAUUCACUAGUGAACUUGGGACUUAGAUACUAUUACAAUUUGUACCUCGCAGAACAGAUCUCGAAAGAGUCUUCCAAGUCCAAACGUCCUAUGGUUUGCAUAAUUCAUAACUUCCAUAACGAGUCACGUAUUUUAAUGAGUCAAGUUUGUGUUCGACCACUCCUAUAACACUGAUUGUUUAUUCUUAGUAGAGUUCGCAUAAAGUAUAAAUUAAGGUUGGGAUCCGUUCAGAGACGAUUUACACUUUGCAUUCCUGGGACAGAUUGUACCUUGAAUUACAAGUCCAUAUGCAACGACCUUGGAAUGGACCCUUUAUAGAAGAGCAAACCCAAACUAAAUCAAAUUUUUUCUUUAAAAUGCUUAAUAAACUGUCCUUUACAUACAGUGGAGUAAUUCAAUAAUCAGAAACCCCUAGUUAAAGUAUCAAUAACUAUUUGUCCCUAGAGAAACAAUCACAUUUUAAAUCUUCUUUCCGUAUGAAUUACAUUACCAAUAGGUUUUCCAGACACGAAUCAUUUUUCAAAAUCUGUCCGUGAAAUAAAAUUACUGACAUCCUUUGUCCGCUAUAUCGAUACUUACUUUUCUUCUAAAGACAGCUUAGAUGUGCUGACACCUGUAAGUAUAUCUCAUUGCACAAGUGAGAUUAUAGUAACUUCAAAUACUUAAUAGUUUUUAUUACUGAAUAUGCUAAGUAAACCUCCGCGCAGUUGUUACGUUACACUAACAUCGUCCCUGAUAAACUUAACUAAUUUGUGUAAUAACCUGACACAUGUUAUGGUAGACCCGACUGACCUAUCGUAGUAAUUAUUGCUUUUGUUGUUCCGUGCUCUCUGCUUCCGUUUUAUUUUAUCUAGUUGUAGGUGGUUAUAAUCAAUUCUUAUGGCACAGGAAAUAAACUCGAAUGCACUGUUCAUACAACAAUAGGAUGUCCACUUAAAAAAGCUCAAAGGUUCCCGGCUGAUUUCUUUCACUGCUGUAAUUAAUGUGAAAAACACAUUACUGUGAACAAAGCACUCCAAAACAAUUUAGUAUCACAUAUCUGUUCUCAACUUUUUGGUUAUUUAUACUUUGUGGAAUCAAGUCAGACAAGCGAAGCUAUACUUUAUGAUUUAGUUAACAUUAUAACAUUCAUAUUUAAACUGUAUUUCAUUAGUUACGUUCAAGUCUUGUUAGUUACAUUAACAGAAACGUAGAUACAUUCGGAUAGUCAAUUGUUAAUAGGCUCAAAUGUACAGUUAGAAUUUCACUGUUAGCCAUCAAUUAUAUUAUGACCUACUUGC